AUAUAUAUAUAUAUAUUAUAUGUAAAUAAUUUAGUUUGACAAGAUGGAGCCAGAAAGUAAAAGGAAACUUGUCAGGUGCCCAGCAUAGAAAGACAAAACGCGCUGAACAAGAGGAAAACGUACAGCUGUCAAAGGUUAAGCCCUCUGUUCUGAAACGGUGCACAUUUUUCUGUUGCUAUGGUAAUGUGCCAGCCUAUUAGAAACCUAUGGAGCACCCCCCCCCCCACCACCGUCUUCCUGCUGUGUCUUCUGUCAUUGUCUGUUACCUUUGUUGGCUUUGGGCUCUACGCCCGAUCAUAUGAAGUCAGAAAUCCUGAUGUAGUCCAAGACUGGAACAAGAUCCUUGGCGCUCUGUCCCAGCUGCAGUUGUGUGUCUCAGAGAAUGGCACAGAUGGGCACACCCCCCUGCCAGACAAGGGACAAACACAUGCCUCUUCUCCCAUGAUUACCCACGAUGCAGCUGCCAGACAGAUGUUAAGCUCGUCCCACUCUUCAGAUGAUAUAGUCAGCCUGAUGCUGCAUGUCCCCUUGACCCUUGACCUGGCCUGGCCGUCGGCAAGUCUGAGCACUGGCCCGGUCAGCCUCAGGGUCUUGGUGUGGGGAAGCCAGUUGGAUCUUAAGGGCAUGGCGGGAAAUAAAUCACUCUGUCUGACACUGAUGUCUACCUUGCAACCAUUAAGAAAUGGGUCGGAUACUGAGCAGGGACACACCUGCAUCACCAUCACAGCACCUGCACACAUGCUGCCAGGCGCCCCCCUUCCUGGUGUGUGUGAAGUUGGUAGAGGCAAUGAUCCCAUCCUGGGAGCAGUGGCCUCAGCCCUGAGCAGGGAGCAACCCCAGCACACACUGGGGUGUUACCGCACCAAGUACACCCCCGACCCCAGACUCACAAUCAUGUUGUCACCGGAGGAAAGAUACCUAGCAGGGCAGCAUUUGAUCAUCGUCGGCGUCUUUCUGCUGUCUCUGUGUGGGCUGCUCUGUCUUGCAGCUCCAUUUUGUUGUGUGAAAUCGCGAAGGCAGAAGAGCAAUGAGCUCCAUGUGCAAAAGGAACCUUUGAUCGAUUCCUGAGUUCCAUCAGCAGCAGAUUGGGUACCCAGUCUUUUAAGGAGGCCGGGGUAGCUCACCCAGUGAAGAGCGGUCCUUUUAGAUUAAUUUGUUGCUGUUGGGAAUCGGCUGGAAUGGGUAGAUUUACUUGAAUUCGAUUGGGCACCAUGCAGAAUGAAUUUUCAGCUGCUAACCUUGAAGAGAUGGGCUUCUGUCCUGUUAUGUCAAGUGGCCCCUUUAUGAAACGGGUAGUGCUGAUAUGCAAUAUUGUAGCACAUACAAUGUGAUUUUUAAAAUGCCCUUUCAAAAAUAUAGAACCAAAUUGAAAGAUGUCCAGCAAGAGGUGUCUGUGUGAAAUGGUUGUAGUUUAUUUAUAUUUCUGAAGUGGAACCUCUCCUUGAGAUCACAGACAUUGGGUAUUCUAGAGCACUGAAGGGGGUGGUCCUAACAUCCUGUUUCCCAUGGUUUGGUGUCUCCAUCUGAGUUUCAUUGCUUCACCAAGACUAGUGCUUUACCAGGUUCCACUAAACCAAGGGAGCCAGCUUUGGUUGUGCACUUGUUCUUAAAAUGUUUUUCUAGAAUUUUUUUCAUAGGAUACUCGAGCGCUAUCCAGCCUUUUUUACGAAAUAGCCAACAACCAAUAGCCUGUUAAAGAUUUGGGAACAACUGAAUACAUGUAAAGACUGUAACCUUAAAUAAAUUCACCCUACUAAAAUGAAGACUGAUAAAAUAGUAGCAAAUAAAUUGGAAAAUAAAUGUAAGAUUUUCUCAGUUUUGUCCUUUUGGAACCCAUUAACACCCUUUGAACAGGAUAUUUCCCCUCCAAAAGAGCCAUAUUUACAUUUGGAGAACCCAGAGAUACUCACAUUCAAGGAAAUUUAAAGAGAUGGGUGAACAAUUUAAAAUGUAUGUAACUCCCAUGUAUCCUAUCAGCAGACUAUUAUGAGGCAAGCCAAGGUAAAAACAAUACCCAUUAUGAACUACCACCUUCUCAAGAAGUUAGGUUCUUUCAGAUGUAGGAAUUUGAGACAAGGAUGAUAGUGAUGCUCUGGAAGGUUUAAUAGUUAUUUAUUAUGUAAUUUAAACAGAAAUGUGUUUUUUUUUUUUUUUUAAAUGAGCCUGCCGAAGAUGGUGAUUCGAGGCAUCUUCCAUAGUUCUUUACCUGUUGAUUGUAGCGUACAGGGAUGCUGUGGUCCUCGGGAGUUGAGGAUUGCAGUUACACUUCAUAUGUAAUUCUUCAUGUAAUUGUAUGUGUUUUAACAUGUUUCAAAACUGAAUUUACACAUCAGUAAUAUUACGUUUAGAUGUAGUGUUGUGUGUAAUGAAUUUUGUGUAGCUGUUGAUUCAGCAGUACAGCUGCAUGAAUCAUGUACAGAUUUCCAAACUUUGUAUUUCACAUAUGACCCAAACCAACUCCCACUUCAAGCUAAAAUUGAACCUGUUCCUCUGGGGUGGAAGAUGUAACAGCUGUAAUAAACCACACUUAAAAAUA